AUGGAUAUCUGCACAAAUGAACUAACGGCAUCUUUCAAAAUUCCACUAAGGGAUAAGGAUAAGGUCCAGGGCUCAUCACCAUUACCAGAAAAAUCUCCUUUACAUGAUGCUCAUGACGCACGUGAAUUUUCCCAAAAGGAUAUCCAAACGAUUAAAAUGCGCCAAAAGAGGCGCUACGCUGCAGAUCAAGCAAAAGAUGCAAAGAGGCUGCGUAAGCAAGAAAAUGUCGUUCAGGACCCGUUGGCAGUGGUUGAUAGAAUAUGCGGUGAAAUGGCAGCUUCUCGUGUUAAACGAGAGUCGUCACAUCGCGAAUGCAAGGAGCGGCCUCAUCCCGUAGAGCCAGAUACUACGCUUUCAAGAGAAGCACUAGAACGACAUGCACUAGAUGACACGAUGGCAAAAGAGUUUGUUUGCCGAGAUUCGCUGAUGGAACGUCUGUUAGGGUACAAAAUGCUGUACGGUCGUAUCGAAUCAUUUACAUCAAUGGGAUAUAUAAAAGUUGAACCACCUCCCGAAAAUACUACACGCGACGAACAAGGGAUGGUUAAUGUUAGCAGUUCCAAACAUCGCCGAGGUCCUUGUACACCGCCGUCAACUGGGAUCAUCGAGACUCCCUCCAAUGUUCCACAGAAACCGAAGCAACAGCGUGGACCAAAAACUCCGCCGGGAUCGCCUGGACCUCGCACUCCUCCUCAGCAGUCGCAACCGCCUCAAGCUCAAACUUCGUCGUCAUCUGUGGCUCCUGCCAUGCAGUCUUUGCUUGCUAAUAUCGCUGCUAUGGCUAGCACAUCGUGCGGUCAACUUGCUACAUUGGAAGAUGAUUUAAAUAAAAUUGUUGGUCAAGUCAAUACGGGCGUAUUUCUGGAAUCGUUUGUUAGUGCGCUGCGUAGUGCAACAGCACAAAACGUUGGAUGUGUAGCCGACGCGGAAAAGCCCCUUCAACCCGCAAACUCUAUACACGAGAUGUCAUCAAAGUCGCUUGUGCGCCGUGAAAUCGACACAGAUUCGGUGAAGAUGGAGCUUGUUUCGGACUGCUCUUUGUCGCCUUUGCGUCCGGAAUCACCACCUCGAGGCAACUCACCUCUUCAAGCUCCACCUCCUCCACCACUGAUUGCUCCUCCGCCACCUCCACCAAUUUUACCCCCGCCACCAACACAAACUAUCGCAUCUGCACCUCCACCCCCACCUCCACCACCAGGAGUGGUACCCUAUAUUCCGAUCGUUCCUUUGCCCGCUACGAACAUCGGCAUGCAGGCUCCACCUCCUUUGUUACCACCACCUUUCCCCAUUCCACCCAAUUUUGCAGCACUACCACCGCCUUUGCCACCAUAUCCGGUUCAAGUGCAAUGUCAAUCUGCAAGUCAGCACUUAAAUACCGAUCAAGUGAAAGCGCUUCCACCACAAAAAAAUCAGGUGGUUGCACCUCCAUUUGUCCCGACGAUACCCAAUCUCACCAUUCCGCCGCCUGGUGUUGCCAAUCAAGCAACUUCAGCCUGCGCAACCCAACUUGUCGUUUCUUCCGUUCCACCAUCACGAACAUCUGAUGCGCCUCCACAUCCUCCUUCUACUUGUGUUCUUAAUCAAAAGCCACCGGCUACGAGUGUCUCAUCGGUUACGAAAGUAACUGAUAAUACAGUGUUUCGUUUGGUAAUUGGUGACUCUGGUGCUAAGAAAACUAAUUUGUCGUCUUCAGUGAAUAUUCAGAAGCAAUCUUUAACCGACAGUUGGUGUGGAAAGAAUAACUCUACGAGGGGAUCUUCUGGAUUAACUCAUUCAGCUGCCGAGAAUUCUUCAGCCAAUCCAUUACCUGCAGUGUUCGAUCCCACAAAGUCGCAUAAUUCGGAAGGUUUUAUGAAUGACAACAGACAACGUAGUGGGCCUACAUUCGGUAAACAGAAUGAAAGUGCUCUGCAGCACAACCGUGGUGGUCCGAACCUAAACCACAUUCGUCAACCACCAUCAAAUUCUGUGGCUUCGUGUUCAGGUGGGACACCUGCGCUUUCUAAUCACAUACCAAAGCAAACUGUUCAGCGAGUGAUGCUUAGUCAGGAAACAGCUGCCACAAGCCAAAGUGUAACGAAUACCUUGUUAUCGGCACUUGGAAUUAGUUCAUCAUCAUCAGCGCAGCCUAAGGCAACACAAAAUCUUCCUUUGAAGCCUCCAGCACCAGUAGACCGGUUUGGAUGUUCUCUUCCAUAUUCGAAUAAUCGUGCUCCUGUUCUAUCUGGUCCUACUGGUCCACUUGGUCCUCCGCCCUUCAGUUUUCCGCAACAACCUCGCUCCUUCUUAAAUAACACCCAAGCACCUCGACAUGUUCGCCAAUAUCCUCGAGUACAAAGAGGUAGUGCUGGACGUCCUUACCGACCGCGUGAAUAA